CGAAAGAGAACGGAAGAAGAAGGCAAAUAAAAAGGGGCGUUUCGCACACACACGCACGCACACAGGAAUGAGCGCUACAGUAUUUUAUUUUUUACACUUCGUUGUAGUUUCUGUUACUAUUUUGCUUUUGGAAAUGUGUAAAGUUCAUUUAUGUGAAUAAUUAAAUAGAAUUGUAAAAUUAAAAUACUUAGGACACAAAGUUAUAUUGUUUUAAGUAUUCUUAUGCAGUAGUAAUGUGGGCUCCAACUCUGAUUUGUUUUUUACUACUUUUGUGUAGCUUAUGUUACCAAACACAAAUUGAUAUUUUUAUGAAAAAAAAAAGAUAUUUUUGAUAAAAAGACACAAAUUAUUAUUUCAUAAAAAAAUCAAGGUUUCCAAUGAAUGGGCGAAUAAAAACAACACAAAUGAAAGUUAGUUGUUUGAUGCAAGCUACUUUGGGUUGUAUGAAUAUACAAGACUUUGCUCUAUCACAAGAUGUGACAAGAAUAUUCAGAAAUGCAGUUCGUGUUGCUCGUUGUUUGGUGGAACUCCUUAUGUUGAAAGAUGAUUUUAAAUCUUUGUUCAAUGCUGCGGUGUUGUCUAAAUGUAUAAAGGCAAGACUAUGGGAAAACUCAAGAUAUGUGACAAAGCAACUUACGAACAUCGGAGCUACUUUAUCAUCUGCGCUGGCAAACGCUGGAGUCUCAACAUUUUCACGAGCACAUGAGAUGAAUCCUCGUGAAUUGGAACUCAUCGUGAAUCGUCAUGCACCAUUCGGCAAUCACAUGCAUGAUGCAAUAACUCACCUACCACAAUAUGAAGUGCGAGUGGAACAGAGCAAUAAACAUGGAACAACUGAAUGUACGAUCACUAUACAAGUGCUGUUAAAGAAUGCACAAGAUGUUAAGGUGAAGUCAACAGCGGGGAAGAAACAUACAUGUCUGCUGCUUGUUGGUGAUGCCGACAACAAAGCAUUACUUAGACAGAAGAUAUCGGACACAUUGUUAAUAUCAACCAACGACAAUAUGUGGAUUCGUAAUAUUAAUGUGACGCGUGCAUUGAAAGGAGACGAACUGAGUGUCAACCUUAUCAGUUUAGAAUGGGUUGGUUUAGAUGUUGAAAGCACGUACACCCCAUACUAUCUGGGACCACGCAGAAUGGUUGCCACCACCUCAGCUAUUGUUAAUAACUCUAACACACAAUCUCGCUAUUUUGAAAAGAAAAAAAAACCAUGUCGUCAUCAAUGUAGCAACAAGCGUAUGUGUGCGCACGACUGCUGUAAAGUGGGACUACCUGAAGACAAUGUUGGUGUAGUGGAAAACCAUGCAAGUUUUAUCAAGAAAAUAAUAAAUACACCCAACAAGCAAGUACCACAGGUGUGUUGCUUUAUUUUUACACUUAAUGUUUAAUAUGUAAAUAUAACU